AAUACUCCUAAGAAGAGAAAAAAUACGCCAAAACCUGCGAGACCGACCCCAAUUUCUGAAAAGCAUAAUUAUACAUUAUAAGUAGCGCGCCAUAACUGUGCCUGUUUGAAUCGUUCCUUGGCGCAAAAAGUGUAUUUUAUUAAUGUAUUAUUGUUUAAGCAGACCAUAUUUUUUAUCACACUUCUUGAUGAACCCAAUGUUUCUGGUAGUGUGUCUACAAGGAGAAUUUCGCUACAACAGGAUUAGAAAAAUCAUGGAACGGAAAGGCUUUCAGAAGAAAGAUUGAAUAACGCAUAGCGUGUCGGAGAAGAAUCACACAGAAUUUCUUUGACGGGUGUGUUAUGGCCAGGGUCUCUGAGGCGAAGGCUGGGCGACGAAGGAGAAGAGAGGUUAAAGGUCUUUCGCUAAUCUUUUCCAGUUGUGGAGCCCGGUUUUCAUAGUCAUCUCUCACGUUUGUGAUCUUAAAAGAGAUUUGUUUAUUUAACUUUUAAUCAUGGCACGUGUUCUUGUUGGAGUUAAGCGAGUAAUUGAUUAUGCAGUAAAGAUACGUGUAAAGCCUGACAAGACAGGUGUUGUGACUGAUGGGGUUAAACAUUCGAUGAACCCUUUUGAUGAAAUUGCUGUUGAAGAAGCUGUAAGAAUGAAAGAAAAGAAAAUUGCUAGUGAAAUUAUUGCAGUGUCGUGUGGACCGCAGCAAGCUCAGGAGACUCUUCGUACUGCCCUGGCUAUGGGGGUGGAUAGAGGUAUCCAUGUUGAAGUGUCGGGAAAGGAUUAUGAAACACUACAACCAAUUCAUGUUUCUAAGAUUCUGGCUAAACUAGCCCAAGAUGAAAAAGCUGAUCUUGUUAUAGUUGGUAAACAGGCUAUUGAUGAUGACUCUAAUCAAACUGCUCAGAUGACAGCAGCUGUUUUGGAUUGGCCUCAAGGUACUUUUGCUUCAAAGAUUGAGAAAGGAGACGGAAAUUUGACAAUUGUAAGAGAAAUUGACGGAGGAUUGGAAACAGUGAAAGUAAAGCUUCCUGCUGUUGUCAGUGCUGAUCUCAGAUUGAAUGAGCCUCGGUAUGCUACGCUGCCAAAUAUAAUGAAAGCCAAGAAAAAGCCUAUUAAAAAAGUUACUCCCAAGGACUUGGGAGUAGAUACAGCUGCUCGCAUUGAAGUUGUCAGUGUUGAAGAUCCUCCAGUACGGCAGGCUGGUUCAGUUUUAGCUGAUGUGGAUGAGCUUAUUGGAAAACUGAAGGAAGGAGGACAUGUGUGAAAGGAUAAUAAAAACAUGCUCCUGAUGGGCCAGAAUUCCUGAAACACAUUGCUAGAUCACCUGAAUUACUAAGCUUCUAGAUUACAAAUUUUAUACUUCCCAGAAAAUGAUUUCUUAAUCAAAGCAAGCUUUGUUAUACUUUGUACAGAUUUGAGAAUUAUAUUUUCUUUACGUUAAAAGCAUUUUUCUUUCUGAGAGAUCCAUUUAACUUUUACACAUUUUAAUGUAUUCUAAUUGUGUACUAAUUAUGUUUCAUUUAUUUGUGUUGAAUCAAUACUAUAGUGCAAGAAAAACUCAGAGAUGGAUUUGAUGUGUAGGGGUGCAGAAGUGAUUAACAGGAAAAAUUACAAAGAGUUCACACAGAUCUGUGAAAACUCUCAAUG